CAUUAAAUUCAAGGAUGAAGCAAAGGGGGCCGGGGGUCGUUGAAUGCGAAAGGAUCCUCUCGGCUCUUCCCACGCGUUAAAUUCAACUAUUCGUAUCCAGUUUCAGAUUCCCAAGAAUACCCCCUACGACCCUCCUAAAUUUCCGCACUCGCUAUCAGGUUUUCGCCGUUAUUUCCUUGCCGACUGAAUGGCUUUUCGGUAAUGGAUUCGACAACUAUCGUUUUUCAACCUCCAUGUCUCUCCAACGGUCCAACAUUGACUCUGUCUCUCUCUCCCUCUCUGAAGGACUCUGAGUUGCCCGUCAAAUUUAACUUUGUCUAUGUACUUCCCAAUCCCUGGACACCCUUUCAAUUUCCUACAUCAAACCUUUUAACCCUUCAGUUUAUGAUCAGUUUCUUUCUCUCUGUGUGUGUUUUUCUUUCGUUCUGGGAUUUUUUACCGUUAUGUGGCUGGACGUGAUGUUGCUCGAAAGGACGUUGGAUAUUUUCGUCCCCUCUUGGUGGGAGAUCAAGGUCACUGUUGCCGCUUCGGUGUUUGUGAUCGUCGCCUACUGGUUCUUCACGUACCGGAGCGGUGAUGUCGAUGGUGAUGAAGCACUCGUCGACGGCAAUUCGCCCAAGUCUGGGGACACUGAUGAAGACAAGAUGGGCCAAUUGAAAGGAGAUCCUCAAACCAAUUUAGCAUACUUAAUCAAGUUGGAAUUGUUGGCAGCUAAAAAUCUCAUCAGUGCAAAUUUAAAUGGCACAUCUGAUCCAUAUGCAAUCAUUACUUGUGGUACAGAGAAGCGAUUCAGUUCCAUGGUUCCUGGUUCAAGAAAUCCACUGUGGGGAGAGGAGUUUAAUUUUUCUGUUGAAGAGCUUCCUGUUCAGAUUAAUGUGACAAUAUAUGAUUGGGAUAUAAUUUGGAAAAGUGCUGUUCUUGGUUCUGUGACUGUUCCAGUUGAAAGUGAAGGUCAAACAGGUGCAGUUUGGUAUACAUUGGAUAGCCAAUCAGGACAGGUCUGUCUCCAUAUUAAAACAAUAAAAUUGGCCAUAAAUUCUCCCAGGGCUAUGAAUGGCUUUGCUGGAGCUCCUGCUCGAAGAAGGAUUUCUUUAGAUAAACAAGGGCCAACAGUGGUUUACCAAAAGCCUGGGCCUCUUCAAACAAUAUUUAAUCUCCCUGCGGAUGAGGUUGUCGAUCAUAGUUAUUCUUGUGCACUUGAGAGGUCAUUCUUGUAUCAUGGCCGUAUGUAUGUUUCCGGAUGGCGCAUUUGCUUCCAUUCAAAUGUUUUUUCUAAGCAGAUGAAGGUGCUUAUACCGUUUGAAGAUAUAGAUGAGAUACGAAGGAGUCAGCAUGCAUUUAUUAAUCCUGCUAUAACAAUUAUUUUACGCUUGGGUGCUGGUGGACAUGGCGUACCUCCUUUGGGUAGUCCUGAUGGGAGAGUCAGAUAUAAAUUUGCAUCAUUUUGGAACAGGAAUCAUGCAUUAAGAGCUUUACAGCGUGCAGCAAAAAACUUCCAUGACACGUUAGAAGCUGAGAAAAAGGAGAAGGCAGAGUCAGCUCUGCGUGCACAUAGCAGCUCUGUCAGAGGAAGCAAAACACAAGCUAAGAUUUCUGAAGAUAGCAUGCCGAAAACUGGAAAGCUUCAAGCUUUUAUCAAGGAAGAAGCUCUAGUCCCUAUAUACAAUGAUGUCUUUCCAUGCACAGCUGAGCAGUUCUUUAAUAUAUUGUUGAACGAUGAUUCAAAAUUUACAACUGAGUAUCGUUCAGUUCGGAAGGAUACUAAUCUUGUUAUGGGACAAUGGCAUGCUGCAGAUGAAUACGAUGGUCAAGUCAGGGAGAUAAAGUUCAGAUCCCUUUGCAACAGUCCAAUGUGCCCACCAGAUACUGCCAUGACAGAGUACCAGCAUGCUGUUCUAUCACCAGACAAGAAAUUGCUGGUGUUCGAGACUGUUCAACAUGCACAUGAUGUUCCUUUCGGGUCCUACUUUGAGGUCCACUGUAGAUGGUGUUUGGAGACAAAUGCUGAAAACUCAUGUAAUAUAGAUAUAAAAGUGGGCGCUCACUUUAAGAAAUGGUGUGUUAUGCAAUCCAAAAUUAAGGCAGGGGCUAUCAACGAGUACAAGAAAGAGGUGGAAGUGAUGUUAGAGUUGGCACGUUCGUAUACCAAGAAAACAGCCGAUAAUACUUCUGGUGGGGCUGACAUUGCUCCUUCCUCUCCCCCUGUAGCUCAAGAAAACAGCUAAUAUUUUCGGCGACCAAGGUUGGGUUUCCCUAUAUACUUAUCCAUCGAUUUUGUAGCUUUUUUCUUUAUUAUUUAUGAACAGGAACACAUAUGUAGAGACACCAAAGUUCCUCUGUAUUCUUAAUGUAAUAGCACCCGGGCUCUUUAGGAGAGAACUGGAGGUGUAUAUUUGUGUAAUCCUCUUCAUGUAAUGUGAAGAUUUCAGUCUUCUGAAAUAUAGUGGUACAUUCCUUUGUGUU